GGGUGCGCGUCAGUCAGGAGGAGGAAGAGCAGCGGGGGCGGGAAGGUUGUAGUGCCGCGCGUUGCGCUCUUUUUGCCUGUCUCUAAGUGGUCGCGCCCCCCUUAAGAGUCGCGAUCAGAGAGCAAAGCAAUCCCCGGCGCCUUCGCGUCCCCGGUGAUUGUGAAGUGUUGACCAGUUGCCACUGGACACAAUAGGAAAAUGGCAGCAAACACUUCAGGACAAGGUUUUCAAAACAAAAAUAGAGUCGCAAUCUUGGCAGAACUGGACAAAGAGAAAAGAAAAUUACUGAUGCAGAACCAAUCUUCAACAAACCAUCCUGGAGCUAGCAUUGCUCUCUCAAGACCCUCCCUUAAUAAGGACUUCCGGGAUCACGCAGAGCAGCAGCAUAUUGCAGCCCAGCAGAAGGCAGCUUUGCAGCAUGCUCAUGCACAUUCAUCUGGAUACUUCAUAACGCAAGACUCUGCAUUUGGGAAUCUUAUUCUUCCCGUUUUACCUCGUCUUGACCCAGAAUGAAGAAAGUAUUUGUGAUGAAAGUGACUUUGUAAUAUCAGAUGCCAAAGCUACUAUCUUUCAGUGCUAUACAAACUGUGACUUCCAGAAUUUUGGCGAACUUUUGUACGUCUUGCUUCUUUAAAAGAAAGGAAUAUGUCAGUGAAAGCAAAGAGAAGAGUAACUAGGACGGUGAGAGCUUUGGAAUCCGUGUCAUCUGAGGAACUGAUGAUGCUGCCUGUGACUAACUUCUUUGCAAUGCUCCCAGCCCCCAACAAGUUUGACUGAAUAUAUUAAUAUCAUGUCUGUGACAGAUAUUUCAAGAACCAUUUGUAGUGCUUAGCUUUAAAGAAACAAGGGUGCUUUUUAAAAAUAUGAAUUGGUAGGCUUAAAUAAGUGACAUUCAUAGUUGCUGUUUAUAGGAUCAGUGUCAGUGUACCUUUUGAGUUUAUAGUCAACAUAUCAUCAUCCUGAAAUACUCUUUGUGAACUCAUAACUACUUCUCCUAAUUUCAAUUUUAAAAGGAAACCCAAGAUAAGACUAAAUUACCAACUAGUCUUAAGCCUUUUAUAAACAUAGGCCAUUAUAAAUGAUGUGACUAAAUAUUAUUAAAAACAAUGACAAAAAUGUGGUGGAUUUAAAAUUUGUACAUGCUCUUAUUUAGUGUCACCACAUAAACAGUGUGCCUGUGUGGUUUUAUUGUUCUAAUUUAAAACUUACGCAAGUUGAGCCCCUUUUUAAUUACUUUAGGAAGGAAUUAGGUUAAACAAGUGUCUCAGCAUGACUGAUCUUUAACAGAAACUGAGGUGCUUGUUUAAAUAUGUAGUCCCCACUUCCCUACCCUAGUCCUACAGAAUUAGAAUCUGAUUGAAAAUAAAAUCUGAAAAUCAUGGGUUAGAGAAUUCUAUAACAUACUUGUACAAAAUUUUCAUGAUUUGCUUGUAUACAUGGGUCUGUAUAUCCCUGAAACUUAGCAGUCAUUUAGCUAAAACCUGUAUUUUUUUUAACUUUUAAUAGGAUUAAAAUUAUAUUUAUACUAUAUCAUAGAUAUAGUAUUUUAUAUAACUUUUUAUAAAUGACCUUAUCUUGGCCUUGAUUCCCAUCCUCUAGUCAAAAUUCUACUUUCUUUUCAGAGAGUUUCUUUUCCUUCCCUAAA